ACCCAACCUGGCCUGUAAGCAGUGAGAGACUCCUUUGAUAUCCUCAGAGAAGCAGAGCACAGGCUCCCCCUAGUGGUUGACCUGAAGCAUGGCAGACUGGAGCCUUCUUGGUAACUUCCUGGAGGAGGUACAGGAGCACUCAACGUCAGUGGGCAAGGUGUGGCUGACGGUGCUGUUCAUCUUCCGCAUCCUCAUCCUGGGCACUGCGGCUGAGUCCAGCUGGCUGGACGAGCAGGAGGACUUCAUGUGCGACACCAUGCAGCCCGGUUGCGAGAACGUCUGCUACGACAGCGCCUUCCCCAUCGCGCACAUCCGCUACUGGGUGCUGCAGAUCGUGUUCGUCUCCACGCCGUCGCUGGUGUACAUGGGCCACGCCAUGCACACGGUCCGCGUCGAGGAGAAGAAGAGACGGAAAGAGCAGGAGGACCAGGGAGGAGGUGAUGAUGAAGGGAAGGAGGGAGGAGGAGGAGGAGGAGAUGAGAAGAAGUACUCACAGGACGAGGAGAAGGAUUGCGGGAGGGUCCCGGAGGGAGCCGCCAAGAUCCGCCUCAAGGGGGCGCUACUGCGCACCUACAUCCUGAGCAUCCUGGUGCGUCUGCUGAUGGAGGUGUGCUUCGUCCUGGUGCAGUACCUCAUCUACGGCGUCUUCCUGAACGCGCACUACGUGUGCGAGAGAGACCCCUGCAAGCACAAGGUGAGCUGCUACGUCUCGCGGCCCACCGAGAAGAACAUCUUCAUCGUGUUCAUGCUGGCCGUGGCGGGCGUGUCGCUGGUGCUCAGUCUGCUGGAGCUCUACUACCUGGCCUGGAAGCAGUGCCGGCGCUGGGUCCGGAAGUACCGGGACCAGCAGCACCUGCAGGGGCAGGACGAGCGCCGACCUCUGACCCCGUCCACCAUCACCGCAACGUCGCCGGAGCCGCCGUCGCACCACCUGCCGCUACCGCCUUGCUCGCCGCCGCCCGACUUCAGCCAGUGCCUGCCGCCGCCCUCACCCGUGCACGCCCACGCCCACUCCCACGGCCACUCCCACACCCACCCGAGCUGCCCGUCCUACAGCGACCGGCUGGCCAACCAGCAGAACUCCGUCAACAUGGCCGCCGAGCGCCACCGCGGCAUGGACGGCGCGUCGGCCGAGGACUUCCUGGGGAGGCCGACCUUCCUGACGCCAACCGCCGCCGCCGCGCCCCCUCUUCCUCCCCCGCAGGAGGACGGAAUGGCCUGCCCGCAGGUGCUGGCCAACGGCUUCGUCAAGGACAAGCGGCGACUCAGCAAAGCCAGCAGCGCCAGCAUGCGCAUGCGGCCGGACGAUAUCGCCGUGUGAGGUUCCCGCCGGGAACAACGAGGGAGACACUGAAAAAAGAAAUAAUAGGACUGCGCUCCAAAUUGUUUUUUGUUGUUGUUGUUGUUGUUGUUGUUGUUGUUUUUUACUUUUUAAUCGCCACAUGAACAGUGUGUGCAAUGGCCAUUUCACUUUCAACAGCAGCGCUGGAGAGUCCAUAAACCCCUCCCCCCCUUCCCCCCCUCCACUGAGCAGGUGCAUCUACAUGGCACUCCACCGUACUGUAUGGAAAACACGGCUUUGCGUCAAUGUGAAGCAACAGCGCCGUGUUUUCUAGAGCUCACAGAGGAGCCAGUAGAGGAAAGGUGACCAGAUGUCCGAGACCAAAACCGGGGACAUAAUCCCAAAAAUGCUGAAAAAAUGGGGACGUUUUCAGUUUGACCAUCAAUCUGACUGAAAUACAUACAAGUUUUAUAAAAAAACGGGGACAUAGGUAGUUUUUCUGUAUUUUCCCGGGGACAGGCAACCAAAAAUGGGGACUGUCCCCUGAAACCGGGCACAUCUGGACACUUUUCAGUCGAGGAAAGUACCACUUCCCCUCCCGAGGGACAGCUUCAGCACUGUGAAGAAAACAAUCAAAUCAAUCGUUUGCACUACACAGUAUCCGCUCAUCCUAGCUGAUCACACAUGCUGAUUACACAUGGUUAGAGUCUUGAGCACAACAGGUGUCCUGCUGAUGUUUUUCGCGAGUACUCGAUGGACUGACAGGACAACUGCAUCUUCUCACUGUCCUCGCUGGGCACAAGGCACGGAGAUGAAGAUAGAUGCAUGUUAGACGACAGCUGUGCCUGUUAUUACUUUUUAUUUUUGACUCAUAGAUACCCACCCAUAAACACACCCACCCACACACACCCACACACCCACACACACACACCCACACACACACACACUGUCGCUGAGGCUUGAACGACAGCACUGAGGCCUCCUACAGAAAUGUCUCACAUGCGCUUCAGGGUCACUUGUGCACAGGGCUAUAGCUUAUUGAGGGCAAUGGGAUUUAUAUCAAUGUCUAGGUGAAAUGAACGCUGAAAAACAGGGGCUUGGGGCGGCAUCCACGGGCUCACACACACGUGCACAAACACACACACACACACACACACGCAUGCAUUGUUAUAACAGUAAAAAGUGACUGCAAGGAAUAGAAUUAAAAAGCAGGACAUGUACUAUAACAAAGGCAAACUACAAAUACCACCAAUAAAACACCAAAAUAACACUGUGAUUUCCCCUCUGCACAUACAGUAUAAUAAAAUAAUAUCAGUGCAUAUCAGAUUAUAUCAGUGUUUAGCUUAAAUGAACACUUGAAAAACACACUUUCUCUCUCUCUCUCGCUCUCUCUCUCACACACACACACACACACACUCUCAUCUCUCUGUCACAGAGAGAGAGACACACACACACAUAUUCAAAUGCACACUUACACAUCAUUAGCACACAUUCACACACCCAUAUGCAGUGUAUAGACACACACACACACACACCAGUGUAGCCAGUGCAGUCUUUCGCAUCUCCGUGCCAAGUGUCUCUAGCAUAUGUAAGGUGACCCUGAGGUGCUGGAAGGUGCUGAAUGCGUGACCUGAUAAUCUGCCCCAUGUGGACAGGCAGACACCUGACCCGUCACCUCCACCUGAACUCACCUGCCGACACAGAACCGCGCAUCACAGGCCGUCCAUCCAGGUGUCCUGCUGGGUAAAGGACUGAUCGAACCUGUGAACACACACCUGUGACUUGAGGACAGUGUCGCUUCCAGUGAUACACGAUGCCAGCAGGGCUGUAUGCAUUCAAAAGACACUACAACCUAUAAUAAUGGCUUUCACUGCCCCGAAGAAAAUUACAUACACAAAAUCACAAAUUAGUUUGAUGUUUUCAAGCAAAUCAUUUUUUUUGGCCUAUGUCAGAAAAGGAGAUGAGUAUUAAAGUGUAUCUACAGAGACGUUUGAAGUUUGAAUAGUAACUGGAAUGUAGCACGUCUACGGGAAAUAUGAAAGCAGUUUGCUUUCCACCACUUUGACAAAGCUGAGAGUGUCCAGGUUUUUAUCAUAGAGUCUUGCUCCUCCUGUUCACAUCUACUGCCACAUGGGGGCGCUCAUCUCCUCUCCCACCACCUCCCAAACUACUACACAUACCAGAGGUCGGUCGUCCUUGUGCAGCUGUGGAGUCUGGUGACAUAGUGGUCGUUGCCUCCCGUGUCUAAUAUUAGGCAUCCCUUGGUCUCCAGUUAAGAGGUCUGCAGACCCACGGGGAUAAAUUUAGCAACCUGCUGCAUCAAUGAUCGGAGAGACCUUGAGAAAUGUUUGACCUGAGGGGAGUGUCUGGGGUUAUUAUGGAUGGCAAGAAGGGUGUAGCAGACGUUCUUCAUGAACGUGAGACUUUCUCCAGACAGCUGGGCAUGGAACUCCUCGGCAGCUGCGGAACCGAAGGCGAAGGCCGAAGACGGGCGGAGGCCUCCACGUGAUUGGGUGCCCUGGUGCCCUCUGAACAGGGCUGUUUAUAUUGGGGCUGUUUUGGGACUGUUUCUGAUGCAAGGGUGCAGCCAACAAAUCAGCACUUUCUGAUUGAAUGUACUUCUUAUUCCCCAUGUCAUUCAUACUGUACACCGACAUGGGUUUGUUUUUUUGUCACCGAUCCUUCACUGUUAAUGACGCUGCAAUGUAUCAUGGUAUCACUCUCUGUUUGUGAAUCACUGAACCUUAUAUUCAGUUGAACCUUACAUGCAUGCAUUCAUUCAUUCAUUCAUUCAUUCAUUCAUUCAUUCAUUCAUUCAUUCAUUCAUACAAUCAUUCAUAAUCCAAGUGAGUAUGUUUGACAGGUUAACAGCUGCAAAGUAUUUUUUUUGUGCAAUUACAUUUCUGAUACCAGGGUAGAUUUUUUUGGCACAAUAAACAUCUAAUAAAAAAAAAACUUCACACAUCA